AGUAUUCCUGUUGUGCAGCUUUAAGAAGGCUGUCGUAACUUGAGCCCGAGAGAGCGAAGAUAAAUUGGGGCGGGCCCUGCCACGAGCAAGCUUGCACCAAUCGCAACAACCCCCUUUAAAAAAAAAAGCAUUCGCGGAACCGCUGCAGAUAUGCACGUUAGCUCUCAGCUCGGGUUGUGGAUAAACAUUACCUUGUUGACACGGAUGAGGAGCUCCCCCAAGCCCAGGCCCUUCUUCUCCCACGCUAGAAUGUCAAACUGAAGCUAGUUCCCGCGUAUGUGUUGUUGAUCCAGCAUGGACAGAUGCGAUGGUCGUGGAUAUGACACGGCGCGUGCACCUCCGCCUGCAGCCGUGGGAAUCUUAAGCGGCUGAGGGAGAGCGAGUCAGUCUUGAUGAGAGUCGGACGGUCGGAGUCGUGGAGCCGGGUGGCCAUGGACCCGUUCAGCCAGCUUAUCCUCACCAUCUCGGUGACCAGCUUCUUCACUUUCCAGUGGCUCUUCCACAAAGUCAGCCCCUGGCUGUCGGCGCGCGUCAGCCCGGGCUUCCUCGGCCUCAGCGACAAGCAGAAGGUAGAAUGGAACUCCAGGACAGUAUCGACUCUUCACGCACUGUUAGUGGGAAUCUUCUGUCUUUACAUUUUGUUCUUUGAUGCCGCCGUCAAUGAAGACCCAGUCUGGGGAGAUCCUACUCUCGUGAAGACUAAUGUUGCUAUCACAACAGGCUACCUCAUAUCUGGUAAGGGAAGCAUCACAGAUCUGUUGCUAAUAUUUUACUAUUGGAAGGCGAUAGGAGACAAGUUUUUUGUAGUGCACCAUCUGGCAGCGUUGUAUGCUUACUACUAUGUACUGGGCCAAGGCAUGUUGCCUUAUUUUGCUAACUUCCGUCUGCUCGCCGAGUUUUCUACUCCUUGUGUGAACCAGCGCUGGUUCUUUGAGGUUCUAGGUUACCCGAGGACUUCCCGGCCCAACAUGGCGAACGGCGUGGCCAUGGCAGCGGUGUUCUUCAUGGUGCGCGUGGCCGUGAUGCCGGUCUACUACGGCCGCAUGUACGCCGUUUACGGCACGGAGGCCUUCUACCUGGUGCCCCGUGGCGGACGCCUGGCGUGGAUCUGCUCCAGCAUCUGCUUGGACGUCAUGAACGUGAUGUGGAUGCACAAGAUCGCCAGAGGCUGCUACAAAGUGCUGCAGUCGGCACGCCGGGCCAAAGACGGCGGCGCGCCCCAUGAGAACGGGAAAGUCGACUAGGAGCAGGAAGCAGACGGCACGUGCUAGCGCGCAAGCUUGUCAGCUGGCACCAUUAAGAGCCGAGAAUCUAACGAGGAGGAAAGAUUCCAAAAGCUGGGACAGGUAUGACGGAUCAGCUGACCGCCCGCCCGCCCGCCUUCAAGCCAUGCAAUGACCUCUCAGCAAUACUCUUGUGUUGCUUAUCUUUUAUUCGCAGUAUUUUUUUUAAAGAACAAUUGACCUCUUUGGUGAACAAUGGAGCCCAAACUGAAAGUGUUUACUUCUCUUUUCACACACACACACACACACACAUUCACUGGUUAAGACGAAUACUGCCAGAGAUCCUCAUUGAAGGUCAGUGCCAUCAAGUCCUUAAAGGCUCGACUUUCUUUUUAUUUUCAUUUUAUUUUUUUCUACUCUCCAGGGACACAAAGACAAAGUAAGUGUGACUGAAGCAGUGGUGUUGCUAUUGAAGAGACUCGUUGACAAAGUAGCCUUUUUAGAGGAAGAGCAGGAGAUUUCAAACGGAUUGAAACAUGAUGUCACCUUGCUUCUUGUUGUUGUUUUUUUUUCCAUGCAGUAUAAGAAGCUCGGAGUUUUAUAAU